CAUCCCGCUCAGUGGUGUGUCAGACCCUGUGGCGUGAGGAUGUCGGAGCGCACGUCCAAGGGAUGUGUGUUGGACGCGCGUGGGUGCAUAGAUCUGGAGAGUAUCUUGACAGGCUUUGGUGCGCCCAUAUCUGAGGAGCAGGCGUGGGCCUUGUGUUAUACAACUGUUCAGUGCUUCUUUGACAUCAAGGACAGGGAGAAGCCCAAGGUGUCGCUGUCGCCCAGCCUGUCACAUGUCAUCCUGCACAAAGAUGGUUACGUGCACCAAGAGACCCUGCUGCCCACCGAGACCCAAGGAAGGAGUCGGGUCAGGGCUGCGUCUGAGGGCAAGCUGGUGUCAGAGCUCGGCGUGUUGCUGUACCGCGCCUUGGACUUCAGCCUGGCCAGCGAUGAGGAGCGUGACCUGUCGCCCUCCCUCAACCACCUCAUUGACCUCAUGACUUCGGCAGAGUGUGAAGAGCGAGGUGAAACAGAUGACGAGGGCAUCGAGCGGGAUUCUGGGGACUCUGAGGACGAGAUGGACCGUUCUGCCAACUUCACCAUGGCCGAGGCACUCCAGGUGUGCGAGGGGCGGCUGAGCGGCGGCGGCCUGGAGGGCGGUGUCAGCGAGCACUACCGGGCGGUGAUCCGGGCGCUGGUGGCGGAGGCGAUAGACCUGGCGUCCUUCCUGCAGCGGAUGGCAGGCAAGAAAUUCCCCACACAAGCCUCAGACCUCCUCAGCUCCGAGCAUGACCUGCGGGAGUUGCAGUGUGAAGACUGGGCGCGUCUGUGGAUCCAAGUGAUGCGAGAGCUGCGGAACGGCGUGAAGCUGAAGAAGCUGGAGUACUCAAGGGGCCCCAUCGAAUACGCCCUCACGCCUUACGAGAUGCUCAUGGAUGACAUCAGGUCUCGGAGAUACACGCUCAAUAAGGUGAUGGUGAACGGAGACAUCCCGCCUAGAGUGAAGAAAGACGCACACACCAUCAUCCUUGACUUCAUCAGGUCCAGGCCGCCGCUCAGAAAGGCGUCGGAGCGCAAACUUCUACCGCCGCCUCGUAAGAUCUCCUCGCCCAUGGAGCUGCUGAUGGAGAGCAUACGGAAGGAUCACACGGCCACGCUUAGACAUGUCAACACCCCUCAACGCACGCGCCCCAUGUCCAUGGUGGAGACCCGCACCCCAGUAAUGGGCCUGGAUCCCACACCCAAGCCACAGCGGAAGCUCAUCCAGGCGCCCAGGUUCAACAUUUCAGCGGAGGAAGAAGAUGACGAUGACUUGAGUGACAUCCCGCCCUCCAGUCCCCGCCUCGGCUACUCCUCCGUGGUAGGCACUGUGCGUAGCCCUGGAUCCGGCUCCCCUGAGAGCCCUCAGUCCCCGCUGACGUCACCCUGGUCUCGAAUGGCCUUCGACUUGGUCAACUAUGGGAACACAGGAACACCCGAGCGGCGGCAUUCCAUCACGCUAUGUGAGACGCCCUCGCUCAACCAACACUCCUCAGCCUCGCUCAGCCCGCCCACUUCGCUGCCUCAGUCUCGCAACACUACGGCGCCCAGCUCGCCCGCGCACCAGGACUACCUUCCCUCCACCUCGCAGACUCAGAGGGACUUCCUGUCGUCGGCUCACUUCUCAGCCAAACUGGACUGCCUGGCGCUCACCCUUGAGGAAGUGGUUCACAUUCGCAACGUUCUAACCAAAGCUGAUCUAGAGGCCCUGCCCCUUGAUCUCACCAUCAAGGAGGAUAUGGCCAAAGGAAAGAUAUGCUUCCUCUGCAUGAAGACCAGAUUUGGCUUCUUCGGUCCUCGAGGCACCACCUGUAGGCUUUGUAAGAGGACAGUUUGCAAGAAGUGUAUCACCAAGAUGCGAAUACCCACUGAACACUUCUCCAACAUCCCAGUGCAGAUGCUGACACCUCAGUCCCUGUCUCCACGUGAAGAUGAGGAAGAUUCUGUCUCGCUGCCACGAUCUAUACUCUCUAGACUCACGUUUAACAUCUCAGAACACAUCGGUAAGCGUUCUCAGGUAAAAGAGCCUGAGGAGCAAAAAGCAAGUGGUAACCUCCCAUCUAAGGAGCUGCCUCUACCUGGGAGUGGCACCACCAGCAUGACCAACAGCACAGCAGAGCGACGAGACAGUGUCAGUGGCAGUGUGGGGUCUGCUCCUUCUUCACCAGCCACCUCACGGGCAUCUGAUGGGCCAUCUUCCCUGCCAGCACAGCCCCCCGUUCCUUAUGUCAAUGAGGCCAUUAAGAAAGUUCGCUUCAGUUCACCUCGACGUGUCACGAUUAAUCGCUCUUAUACCAUUGGUCGCCGAGGCCGCCCAUCUUGGCCACACCACAAACGACCUCCAAGGCUGGUACGUGCGAGGACGCUUGCUAUUAGUGAGUGCAGAGUUAUUGAGAAGCAACUUACUGAGAAGCAGAAGCAGAGGUCCCGGGCCAUCCCGCAGCCAACAGAGGAGCACCUGCGAGGGGAGCUGAUGUCAGUGUGUGGGGACUGUAAGGCAAUGGUGCUGCAUAUCCUUGCCUCCAUCAAGGUGCGUCGAGAACAGCAAGCAGCUGGCUCAACGCCCCAUGACUCACCAAGACACCACCUGCACCUCAACCUGAACCCUGUGUACCACUAGACAUAACUGUCACAGCUCACGGCGCCAAAAUGUUCUCUCGUGGAUUCCUGACAGUUCACUAAAAGAAUGGAAUGCUAUGUGAAUGUUCUUAAACACUAAAAGAGAUCAUCCAUUCCUUCUAACAAUGAAAAAUAAAUGUAGCUUCAGACUUCUCUUGAAUACAGAACUCUGGUCUACAUGAAACAUAAUGAAUGAUUCAAAGAUAAAGAACACUUAUAUAUGUAAACAUAAUCUAUUUCAUCAUCGUAGAGGUAAGAACAUGUUGAGUGUAGGAAUCAAAUACUAGAAUCACUGUGUCUUUCAUUCAACAUUUGACUGGCUGAUCCAGUGUUUCAGCAACAAGAAUAUCAGCAGGCAAUGGCCAAGCUUUACUCAAACACAACCAACAACAGUUCAUAAUGUAUAGUCUGAAAGGCACCAUGAAAUACUACUCACAGUAAUAUAGCAAAUUGUAACUGUGCUUUUAUAUUUCAUUUCAGUUGAACAUUACAUAAAUACAUAGGUAGUUUAGUAUCCCAAAAUUCAUUGUGAUAAAAGUAAAGAGUAUAUUUUUUGAAAUCAACAUGACAAUAGGAAAUGAGGCUUUAAAGAUAGACUCCCUAAAAUGUGUUACUUCAUGUUAGAGACAAUAUAUUUUUGAAUGUUUUAUGUUUUACUUAUUUUGGUUAACAAACUUUCCCAGUAUUAAGAGAGAAAAGAUAUUUUGAUGUAUGAUGUUAAUGCCAAAGGCAAUCAUUGUGAUGAAUGCACAUGUGACAUCCUGAGCUUUGUGCUGAAGUUCUAGAGACCAGUCCUAUUACUCCAGUAUAUUAGUGGUUUCUUUGAUGUUUCAAACUUAUAUAUUUCUCUCCUUUGAUGUUGACAAUAUUAUUCACAGUUGGCAUUUUGUGAAUUUAGUGAAAAUCCCAAUGGAUUAGUUACUGAAUGUUCAUCCAUGCAAAUAUCGCUUAAUACUCUAACUUGUUGGAUGACUUCCAAGUGAGUGGACCAUACCACUCUGCUGUACAAUAGUGGGCAGCCUUGGCGUCAUAUUGAGGCCGGAGGGUGCUGUAAUUACUUACUGUAUUCUUGGUUAUGUGGGAGAUUAGUCCGUAUAUAUAUAAAGAGAGUGCAGUGAUAUAAUAUUCAAGUGCAUAAUUUUUUUUCUUGUGAUCCAUAGGCUAAUAACAUUCCAGGCUGCACUCCCUCUGCUGUACAAUAACUCCCAGCAGUCAGCAGAGGGGUGUAGGCAAUAGUGUCUCCACUAUGACUGUAAGCACGUAGUCUCUUAUUAAUUGAAUUUUUUGUAAAUAUUAUAUAUACAUUUUUCUCAUGUACAUAGAGCCUCCUUUUCAUUUAUAAUUGGAUGAUUCUGACUUCACAAGUUCAGUUCUGCCUUUUUAAUUUUACCUGAAGUACAGUCACUAUUGUAUAGUUUGGCUUUGUUUAAUUUUAGCCUGUCUUGUGUAUGUGUGAGUGACAUAAUAGUUUUUCAGUGAUUUGCAAGGUGUAAUGAGUUUGCCAUAGUUUCUUCCCAUUCCCUGUGUCCACCCAGGUCCAGCUGCAACACAUCCUGCUGGAGCCUGGGAACAUUUUACCAUUGCACAAACUUAUUACUGCUGAAUAUAUGUAAUGCAUAAACUCUUCAGUUUUCAUUUAAUACAAAACUUUUCAAUUACUGCAAUUAAUCUCAUGUUGUUAUACUUAAUAUACUUUUAAAUUAUGGCUUAAUGUUAAAUAAAAUUUAGGUUUUAUUAUUUUUUUUUCAUGAUAUAUGUAUUGUAACAACAUUCAUUAUUAACAUUCAGUGAUUAUCUUUCUGGGCAAACUUACGGUCCUUAGUAUCUGUAACACCAGGUGUUGUCCACAAGCAUUUAUGGCAUUUUGGGGUAAGGAUCAAUGAUCUGGAAGCUUUCAAUACUUUUUUUUUUCUUUUGCAUGUAUGUAUUAUCAUAUAGAUUGAAUAUAUUGUCAAAAUUAAAAGUGAUGUGAUGGCCAGCUAUAUGAUUGGUGCAGAGUAGGUUCCUCCCUCCUUAGACAGUGUUUCAUUGACACAAGACUCCUGUGGGAGCAGCCAGUCUAUUGUUGCAGAAUUAAGAAUUAUAUUAUUAAAAAUCUCAUGGUGCCAGAAAGGAUUGAGAUUGACUCCUACUAGUGAAUUGCUGUGCUGUGUGUCUGGUGAGGGGUGUUGAAGAGUUGAAGCUGACAACUUAAAGUGAAGCAUGUUUUUUUUUAUAUUUGAAUUGCAGUAUAACUUUACAAGUUUACCAAAAUAUUUAUGCCAAAAAUUAAACUCUUUCAGCAUCAUUGCCACUGACCACCACACAGGAUAAAGCUGCUGGACAAAACAAACAUGUGUCAGUAUCUCCCCAAAAAAGCAUACUAGAUUCAUCAACAACAUUAUCACUGUCUUAAAACUCAACCAGACCUGGGGUUCCACGGACUCUUGUCAUGUACUGUACAUAUCAAAAUGUGACUUUAUCCCCACAUUAAUCAUUAAUUUGUUGCCACUACUUAUUUGUCUUUCAGUUGUCAAUUCAAUUCAGGAGCAUAUUGGCCCACCAGUCAUGUGGAGUCCUACUGUGGUCAGAGCAGUAUUGUAGAGUGUGGUGGGUGGGUCAGCUGCCAGCAGACCCAUGUGGUCUGCUGGGGAAGUGUACAAAAUGUCUGCGUUAAGAGUUUAGUCACUGUAUAUAUCUAGAGAUUGGUUUGGAGUUCAUUAUAUUAAAGUGUUGUCAACUAA